AUGGAGCCGAAUCAAUCGGAGAAGCAAAUAUACGGGGGACUGACGGUGUACCGAACGAGAGGGCAGUAUUUGCGCCGGUUGGAACAGUACGACAAGGCGGAGAUUGCUCAUAAUGAAGCCUUUAAAAUAGCCCCUGAAGACGUGCGCAACUUAGAAGGCCGCGCCCUCGCGUGCACCGACGCGUUCAUGCCGCAGCAAGCCAACGCCAACGCCGACCUUGCACUCAGCCUAGAGCCCAAUAACCUCAUUGUCAAAAACGUGAAAGCCAACGCCAUGUACGCCCAGUGCGAGUUUGAGCGGUCCGUCAUCAUGUGCUACAGCGGGCAGCGCCUCCGACGACGCCCCACCUACUUCACCGACGGCAUCAACCAAGGCGAAGCCGUUAUACAAAACUGCGUCGGAAAGUACGCAGGCAACGUCCUCGUCAACAACCUUCCACUGAUCUUAAAACGCGAACAAGCGCACCUACAGGAACAUAAAACCGUAAAAAGUAUGCAUAAAUCACGUAUUCCGAAGGUGGAAACGAAGAAACAUCUGACUCAACUGCAGACACGUCAACAUGAAUUAUUAUCGCGAGUACUAGCAAUGAAGUACUUUGGUCCGAUGGCUUAUGAUAAGUUUUUCCUCGAAGAUCUUCUAGUAGAUCCACGCAUUAAUUCAGCAAACGCAAAAGGGUCUAACGAAAUAAGGGAAAUAAUAAAAGAAACUCUAAACACGUUGCGCGACCGACAAGAAAUGCUGCGUGCUCAACGCCCCUAUUAUGCUAUUAAGUUGGCUGAACAAACGGAAUCAAAGCAUGAAACUCGCUUUAGGAGACAAAUACUGAUCAAUGAGCGAGAAAUAAACAAACGUCAAGCGGAACAUUUGAUGAGGCAUGUGGAAAAAUGUAUGAGGAAUCAUCACACAAAUGAACUCAGAAUAAAAGCGGAGCGCAUGCAGAGUUUCCUAGACAGUAAGACUCCGCGCACCUUGCCAACUAAAGAUUAUUACACCGACCGUUUAUAUCGAGCUGUAGGAGAGGGCUACUUGGCUCAACACAGAAUCUCUUUUAGAGCGAGUGAGCGCAGCAAUCGCCGGCGUGUAGCCUUUCUUAUGGGUCUUCCUAUAGGGCGACCAACAUCUUUCGAUUCAGUGAUAGCAAAUUACCCAUUCAAAUAUAUUGGAACGAAAGAAGCAGUACAUAAUGUGACAGCAGCUCUCGAAACUUGCGAAAAUUCCUAUAUGAAAUGUUGGUUAAUGUAUGAGCUAGCACGGUUGCUUACUAAACAGAAGAACUAUGCGAUGGCAAAGUUCUACGCCAAGCGAUGUCAGCGAGAAGCUCAAGAAAUAGGGAGUGUAACUUGGUGGAUGAAUGGAUGUUUCGUGUUGAUAGGUGGCGACAUGCAGCAGGGGAACCAGAAUGAAGUGCGCGUUAUGGUGGAGGAAGCUUGCCAAUGGUUAUCAGAAAUAAAAGAUAACGAACGCCUCCAUGGGUUCUUAGAAAAAUGUGCUGAUAUAUCGGCGGAGCCUUUGGUUUCGGAUGACACGAAAGCGAUAGCUCGUCGAGAAAUACAGAUACUGAAUGCGAUGGAGGAAGGCACAAGGAAACAGAUCAAGUUGUUGUUUAAGCGGAUGUCGUUAUUGCCAAAUGGUAGACGGUUUUCGGUGCUGCCACAAAGGUCGGAGAGACAGACGAAUAGAACAUGCCGCCACAAACACCGACAACACGGUCUGUCGAUAGUCCCGGGAGUAGAGAAAGGUUUGCCUCGAGUACCACGCUCGAAAGUUCUUGGGUUUCAAAUCUUUGACCUUUAA